CUCAGCAGCGCUAAGGAGGUUACACGACGACAGACGGUGAAACAGUCUAGGAGUUUUGAACGGGGGAUACGUUGACAAUUGGAGAGUUUUGUCCGAAGAGCAACCGGCCAUGAGUUGGGGAAUAGAUCUUUGGGACCAGUUUGAUAACCUCGACAAGCACACACAAUGGGGGAUCGACUUCCUGGACAGAUAUGCAAAAUUUGUGAAGGAGCGGCUGGAAAUCGAACAGGCAUAUGCAAAGCAAUUAAGGAACCUGGUGAAGAAAUACUGCCCGAAACGUUCCAAAGACGACGAGCCCAGGUUCACAUCCUGCAUCUCCUUCUACUCUAUCCUGAACGAGCUGAAUGACUACGCAGGUCAGAGAGAGGUCGUUGCCGAGGAGAUGGGACACAAGGUGUAUGGUGAGCUGAUGAAAUACUCACAGGACCUUAAGUGUGAGAGGAAACAUCAUCUUCAGGAAGGCAGAAAGGCACAACAAUAUUUGGACCACUGUUGGAAACAGAUGGACAGUAGCAAAAAGAAGUUUGAGCGGGAAUGUAAAGAAGCCGAGAAAUGCCAGCUGCUCUAUGAGAGGCUGGACAACGACAUCAACGCCACCAAGUCAGAAGUGGAGAAGGCCAAGGCCCAGCUGUACCUUAGAACACACAUGGCGGACGAGAGCAAGAACGAGUACGCCGCCCAGCUGCAGACUUUCAACCGCGAGCAAUGGAAACACUUCAACUCGGCAAUCCCACAGAUCUUCAAGAACCUACAGGACAUGGACCAGCAGCGGACAGUGAAGCUGGGUGAGACGUACCGGAGCUUUGCCGAGGUGGAGCGCCGCGUCGUGCCCAUCAUCUCCAAGUGCCUGGAGGGAAUGGUGUCGGCUGGAAAGGCCGUGGACGAGAGGAAGGAUUCAACCAUCGUGGUGGAGUCCUUUAAGUCCGGCUUCGAGCCUCCGGGCGACUUCCCCUUCGAGGACUUCAGCCAGAACAUCCAGCGCACCGGGUCGGACGGAACCAUCGGCACGCCCAAGAACGAGGGCGGCAAACCCGACCCCAAACACUCAAUAAGCAAAGCCAAGAACAAGCUCUGGCUCUUUGGUAAAAAACCAAAGGCUCCGACGCUGGAAGACUUCAGCCACCUGCCCCCCGAACAGAGACGCAAGAAGCUGCAGCAGAGGAUCGAGGAGCUCAACAAAGAACUGCAAAAAGAAGUCGACCAAAGAGACGCACUAAACAAGAUGAAGGACGUGUAUGAGAAGAACCCACAGAUGGGUGACCCCAGCAGUCUGCAGCCCAAGAUCUCGGAGACCAUGUGCACUAUGGAGCGACUGCGCUCUGAGAUCCACAAAAAUGAGAGCUGGUUGUCGGAGGUGGAGGGGAAGCAGAGCUCCCGCAGUGACCGCCGGCCCAGUGCAGAUGUGAACCAUCAUGCGCCUCACGGGAGAGAGAGCCCCGAGGGUAGUUACACAGAUGACCCCAGUCAGGAGCACCGCAGCCCCCCUCAGCCGGACCCCCACGAGUUUGACGACGAGUUUGAUGAUGAUGACCCACUACCAGCCAUUGGCCACUGCAAAGCACUCUAUGCAUUUGAUGGUAAAAACAUAAAAAGUGCAAACGAGGGCACGCUGGUGAUGAAGGAGGACGAAGUGUUGUAUGUGAUCGAGGAGGACAAGGGCGACGGCUGGACGCGUGCGCGCAAGCAGAGCGGUGAGGAGGGCUACGUGCCCUCCUCCUAUGUGGACAUCACGCUCGAGAAGAACAGCAAAGGUUCCUGAGUGGAGGUGGUGGGGUGUGUGUUGGUGAGGCAUUUUGGUGGAGGGCGCACACGGCUCUCGCUCUUUAAGGGGGGUGGGGUGGGUUGAGGGGGGUUGAAGGAGCGUUGGCAGGACGAAGGAGUGGGGUGGACGAUGAUGAGAGGACAGGGAAGAGGUAGCAGAGGAAAGAAAGCCCCUUAGACAAGCAGGAAGCAUGUUUGCAUGCAAAUCCAUCUUUCACUUUGACCAUCCACCCUUCCAUUCCUCUAGCAGCACCAGAGACGUCUAGAGAGAGAGAGAGAAAGAAAAGAAAGAAAGAAAGAAAGAAAGAAAGAAAAAAAAGAAAGAUGGAAGAGAGCAAGAAACAAAAGAACUGGGGUGGGAAGGGGAUGGGGGUGUUUUCUUAAAGCUCCAGGUAGGAAAGAAUCAGAGUCGUCAUAAAUCAUCCUUUGCAAAGUCCAGCAUGCAUUGCUCUUCAUCUCCUCUCCAGUGAAUGCGUCUGGCCCCCCGGCCAUCCAUGGCGUCCUCCAAUAACAGCCUGCCUUAUAGCUUUUAUCUGCUGCAGCCUCCCCCUGUGUCCAGCCCACGCUGGGGGUGAGAUACCAGCCGUCCUGCCUCUGCCAUUCUGUAUGCUCACUGUGUCUUCCUCUGCUCGUGCCUGAACACUGUGUCUCUUUUACCCCGCAACCCUCCCAGACAACUCUGUCUGGGCAUCUCCAGGUCCACUCCUGUCCACUCAUGUUUUCUCAUGUCAUGACUCUUCCUCUUUUCCUUUCUCUUGUCAUGAAUGCUUUGGUCAUGUUUUAGUUUUUUCUUAUGUUACUGUUGACCCGUUGCCUUGCCGACGCCACCAUCUUGAAUGUUAACACCAUGUCAUGUAACCCCACGCCAUCGCAUCGCAUCGCAUCGCAUCUUUGCUGUUCACCAGACGCUCCUGAGUCUCUAGAAGCAGAUCAGGAGAGCAGUAGCCACUGCUGACCCCAAAACACCCCCCUCUCCCUUCUCCAACCCCACCUCCCCCUCACUGCGCCAGUGCUGCAACCAGUGGAGGACUUCUGCAGUACCAUCCCACACCACCAGAGGGUGCUCCAACACCGAGCAGCAGCAGCAGCAGCACCAGCACCAGGUGGUCUGGAGGUCCUCAAGCGUGGAUGAUGGAGAACUCCCAGUCCCCUUCCUCUCCACACAAAGAGAGCGCUGACCGCAGAUCCACACUGACCAACACAACACCACUGUCUACAGCCCAGCCCAGCCCAGCCCAGCCCAACCAAGCUCAGCCUAGUGCCUUGAUGUUGUCCUAACCAUGUUCAAAUGGAUGAGGUGUGGAGUGAAUAUCAGUCCAUCUCUUGCUCCACUCCUCACCACGAGGGCGGGGGGGGGGGGGGGUUUCAGGUAGGGGGAGAUGGAAUGUUGUCACCCGUGCUCCCUCCCCCAACCAUGCCCUAUGUUUGGUGCCCCCUGCUGGCGAAUGGCAGAGAAGCCCUUCCCAUCUCUUUUCAACUCUUGCAAUAUCACAGGUGCUUGGCAGAUAUAAACACACACACACACACAGACACACACACUGGUGCUCACGACUGCUUCCCCAAACCAGUGAACCGCAAUCAUCAGAAUAAUAUACAUAUUUUCUAAAGUGUCUGUUUAUCGUGAAUGUGAUCAUUUUUUUGUUAUUUUUUGUUAUUGUUUUGAAAUCUGCAUACACAACUCAUGCAUAUGUGCACAGCAAGGUCGCCGUGCUUAUGCCUGUAAGGUAUGUUUGAUUUGCCUACUCUGAUUUUAUACAUUACGGAAAUCAUUUUUAACCUUCUCUCAUUCCAUACUGAAUGUGUUUUUUAUCUUCAUGACUUUUUAAAUGGGGGGGAGGGGUGCAAUAAGCAAGCAUUUUUCACCUCUCAUGAUUGUGCUGUUAGCCCAUUGUAACCAUGCUCUUCUGACUAGAGACCUGGUCUUGACUAAUGCACUUUUUUACCCUAUAGCAUUUGAAAUAAUAAUGAAUAAAUUAAUGAAUGAUGUCGUUCCUUUAUGCUACCUUUUUAUUGCUUCUUUCCUUUUGUAAAAAUGUACAGUCCAGGCAGCAGUGACCACUAUGGUAUGGGAUGUCUUGAAAAGAGGAAUAAAUAUUUCAGCUUCCUCCCCGUCCCUUGUUUUGACCCUUUUGAUACUCUAUGCUGUGGAUACUUUUGGGAAAGGACGUUUAAAAAGAGACGCUUGUAUUUAAAAGAUUUCAAACUGAAUAGCCCCCACUGCUGCCCGUUACGGUCUCCGGAGACAGAGGAGUGUGUUGGAUGCAGCAGGUUGUUGGAUCCCACACAGAGCAACCCAGUCUCAGCUGGAUCCCUCAGACUUAGAUUCAAAUCUCAGCCUGAUCCAGCUGACUGUAUGGUUCAUCUGGACUGGAUCUGGCCGAUAUACACCAUGUGAGUCAGAUCUGGUAGAUUCGCAACAGAUCUGCUUUGAAUUUCCAGCAGAUUCACACCAAAUCUGCUUUGAAUUUCCAGCAGAUUCACACCAAAUCUGCUUUGAAUUUCCUGCAGAUUCACACCAGAUCUAGGGGUGUGACCUCUAAACAGACAGCUCUGAAGCUGAUGACUUACAAGAAAACGUCUUGAGCACUGUUGCUGGGCAGUGUUUCUUGAGUAUUGUUGUUCAGAAACAUUCCCAUUAAACCUUGUUUUCUGGAAAACUUUUAUCAUCAAUAGGCAAAUUGUCCUAAUCAUCCAGAACACAUGGAACUGGUUAUGUGGUUGCCCAGCAACAUUGCUCAAAAUGUGGCCCUAUGUGUCAUCACCUUGAGAGGUUCCCCCUGCUGGUGGCCUGGUCCUGGCUGUGUCCGUUCAGGAUUUUCAGACUCAGGCGUCUGGAGGAUUCCGUCCACUGUACGCUGUACUUCUUCUCCAGACAGCGCAGGGGCGGCUCCUCUGACCUGGCUGACCUUUGACCUUUUCAAUGAAUAUUGAAAACUGACACAUCUCCUAUCCUUUCCUACCCUUCUUUCUCAUGGCAUCAGGAUUGUUUUGUUUAUGUUGAAUGUGAAGCUGCUGAUGGAUGUGUAAAAGGUGUUUGUAUGUGUGUGUGUUAUGGAUUUCUUAUGAAAAGCUUUUCUGGGGCCUUUUUUAUUUCUUAAAAUGGAGUCUAAUAGUGGAGACCUUGUCUUGGGUAGCAAUCAUCACUACUGUGAUUGUGAUUCAGCCACUGUUGGUUGGUUCCUGGCAAGGUUACUUUUGGUGGCUCGUGCCUGUUAUUUUGGCGUAAGUCAGAUAGACUACAGACAGUAUUUAGCGACUUCAGUGUCGUGCAGGUUGACUUGGUUAAUACAUCCAGUUAAGUGUUGACAUACAUUUCACACAACCCGACUGUACCAGAGUGCAUUAAGGUGGUAAUCCAGUGCUGUCUCAUUGUAAAAAAACCUGACUUAUAAUCACUCCUUGUGUUUGUUUUUACCAAACUUCUUUUCAAGAACAAGUUGCUGCAGGUGUGGAGAAAGUAGUGGUUUGUGAAAGUAGGUUACUGUUGCCCCUUACUCUGGCAUCUCAUUCUGGAUGUGUAUAUUCUAACAAUGAUGCCCCUUUGAGCAGAGGCUGUAGUGCUCCAGGUUAGAUACCAUGCUUCAUGUAAAACACUAACUAAUCCUGCAGAGGGCGCUCUUGUGACAAGAGCCAUGCUGGUAUACAACUAUUAAUAUCAUCACCAUCUUAAUUAGACAAAUUCAUCAAUGGAUUUAAACAGCAGUAACAGGCCAUUUUCACCAUCAUCGAGCAUUGUGCAUAUCUAAACAACUCAUCGAUGCAUUGUAACUAUUAUCUUACUGAUUCUACUUGUAUGUACUGUUCCCUUACCAAACCACUUUGAGAGGCCUGUCACCCAGUCACACUCGACCUCUGGGAACAGGAUCAUCACCCCCGGUGGACAGACCAACUUUGACAACCGCAUCUCGGACCACCGACGACCAUGUUUUUUUGUAGUUGAUGUUGAAAUGUUCUGAAAUUCAGUUGGAUGGCAGUACUUCCAUUAUCUGUGCUCUCGUGGGCAUGUUUCCUUAUACGUUUUAAUGUUGUGACACAUGCCAUUCAUCCUGUUCUCUUUCAAUACAUUGUUCUAAUAAAUUGUACCUAAAAGUC